UCCAACUUCAUGAAUUCUUCUCUCUUCCAUUCUUCUCCUAUCAUUUUUUCCAUUGGCUUUUAGCUUAUAUCUUCUCAAUCUAUUUUUGUGUAAACACCUUUAAGACAGAAUCUCUCUGCUUGUCUGAAUUUUCUUUUCUGAGAAAAAGAAAAUAAAGGAAAAAUGGUUUGUAUGGUUUCUCGUACAGGAAGGCAAUUGCAGAGGUACAACAAAGGCCGCCGCCUUGUUGUUGGAUGUAUUCCAUAUAGAUUUACAAGAAAUGGUGUAUUUGAGGUCCUUGUUGUUAGUUCCCAGAAGGGUCAUGCAAUGAUGUUUCCCAAGGGAGGAUGGGAGCUAGAUGAAUCUGUUGAAGAAGCAGCUUCUCGUGAAUCCCUUGAAGAAGCUGGUGUUCUUGGCAUUGUUCAGUGUGAAUUAGGAAACUGGAGAUUCAAGAGCAAGAGUCAAGGCAUCUAUCAUGAAGGUUACAUGUUUCCAUUGCUUGUCACAGAACAACUUUCUCUUUGGCCUGAGCAAAAUUUGAGAAGAAGAGCAUGGAUGAGUGUGGAGGAAGCAAGUGAAGUUUGUCAGCAAUGGUGGAUGAAAGAAGCCCUUGAGAGACUAGUUAAGAGGCUGAAUUCAUCAGAUAUUGACAAAGAAGCUGUUAUUUCAAGUUCUCUUAGCUAGAAAAAGAAAAAAAAUUCAUUUUCUUUAGGAUUUUGUAAAUAGAGCAAUAGGGAAAGAGAAAAAAAAGUAGAUCCAAGAAUCUAUCACAAAUGCUGGAUGGUCCGAGGGAUUCCACAACUGUAUCAUUAUCACAUUCUGACAGAUUUGUGAAAUAACUGUAUCAUUAUCAUUCUGACUUAUUUGGGGUUUGGAAAAAAAUAAAAAAAAAUUCACUCUCUCUCUC